UGAAGGUGUCUGCUGCUGCUGUGGAUGACCACUCUCAUAUGAGCCUGAAGAACAACACUGAGGCUUUGAUUGACAUUAACAUUUGAAGAGUGAUUUCCCCUCCUUUGGCAGUCCUUGACCCAAAUCUAGCAUCAACAACUAAGGUAGCAGCCAUAAAUAAGGUUGAUGAUGUGGAGUUUUCUAAUAGUAGUGUGUUUUUCUCAAGGAAUUUUUGGCUUGCAAAAAUUAAGAACUUCAGAACCUUUGACUGAACAUACAGUGGAUCCUGAGUGCUUUAUGAAUGCUAGUGAGAUUAUCCGUUAUCAUGGAUACCCAAGUGAAGAGCAUCAUGUUGAGACAGAAGAUGGAUAUAUCCUUACAGUCUUGAGAAUACCUCAUGGAAGAGAUAAUGGUGCAAACAAAGGUCCACGGUCUGUUGUGUUUCUACAACAUGCUUUUAUUACAGAUGCUUCCACCUGGAUUUCUAACCUGCCCAACAAUAGCUUUGGCUUCAUCUUAGCUGAUGCUGGUUUUGAUGUUUGGUUGGGAAACAGCAGAGGGAACUCUUGGUCUUUAAAUCACAAGACAUUUAAUACAAAUGAGCAGAGGUUCUGGGAAUUCAGUCUUCAUGAGAUGGGAUACUAUGACAUUCCAGCAGUGUUAAACUUUGUCUUGAAUAAGACCGGGCAGGAACAGCUAUAUUAUGUAGGACAUUCUGAAGGCGCAACAAUUGGGUUCAUAGCCUUCUCUACUUGGCCAAAACUGGCAGACAGAAUUAAAGUAUUUUUUGCCUUGGGACCUAUAACUACACUUACCUAUACUUCAAACACUGUUAUAAAUUUUUUCUCAAUUAUUCCUAAAAUAUUGUUUCAAACCACACAGGACAACAAAGGAAUAUUUCAUAACUUUGCAUAUGUGAAGAAGGCAUUUGCUUCGUUCUGUACUUAUCAACCAAAAUUCUGUGCCAAACUUUUGUCUUUUGUGGCUGGAUAUAAUAUUCCCAAUCUCAACAUAAGCCGAAUGGACGUAUAUGCUACCCAUUCCCCCACUGGAACAUCUCUCCAAAAUAUGUUCCAUUGGCUCCAGCUACUUCAUGUAAAACAGCUUCAAGCGUAUGACUAUGGUUUUCAGGAAAAGAAUAUGGAGAAGUACAAUCAGACAAUGCCUCCUAUAUACAAGCUAGAAGAUAUAAAAAUACCUAUUGCAUUUUGGACUGGUGGAGAAGACUUAUUUGCAUCUUCAAAAGAUGUAGCAAUGCUGCGUUCUCAACUUCGUAAUUUAAUUUAUGAAAAACAUAUUCCUGAAUGGGCUCAUCUAGACUUCAUCUGGGGACUUGAUGCGGCGGAGCGCAUGUACCCAGAAAUAAUUGAAAUUAUGAAAAAUUAUUCAUAAUACCAGCCAGUGCAGCUUGAUCUUGAGAAGUACAUGUACACAGAAAUCUUGGAGAUUGUGAAGAAUCUCUAACUACCCUCAAUACUGCUAUGAAGUUCUAAUGCGACGGAGCACAUAUAAAUCCUGUUAAGUGAGAUGACAAUCCUACUAAAUGCAGCUUUGAAGUCUUGAUGCAACUGAAUAGGAGUACAUGCUUGCUGAUGGAGAUGAAGAUAAAUGAAUAUAUAUAUUCAUAUAUAUAAUCCUACUCAGUGGUGCUUUGUUCAAGCAGCCAAGGGAAGGUGUAUGUAGAUACUACUGAGAGGAUGAAAUAUCUCUUUAAGACCACUGAAUUGUAUUCAAAGGAAACCUCUUUCUGUCUUUUUGCUUAAUACUUUGCAACAUGGUUGCCCUUGUAACUUUGCUGGUACUCAUGGGCUGGGAAAGAUAUUUAUUUGAAUGCUUUAAUUCUAUAUAACUGUAUUAGGGCCCUUGUUGUGCUGGUGAUAGACCAUAAUAAACUUUGAAUGAAUCAA